CACAAAGAGUCGUUUCCGUUUCCAGUCAAGCUACUUUGCGUAGCGCAUGCAAUGUAAUGUAGUUAGUUGUUAUGGUACGUUUAUCCGUUAACAUAUCGCAAUAACAUGGGUAUUUAAGUGAAUAACAUUAAAUUAUUUUAUGCAGUUGUGGUCACUGUAUAACGCUAGUCUAUUUAUUGAGUGUUGAACUGGACAUGAUUAAUUAUAACUAGCUCGCUAGCUAAUAACCUUCCUAAGUAACGUUAGCGUUGAAGUCAACGUCAGUCAGUGUGUAACGUUAAUCAUGGCAGGACUGUAUCGAGCUCUUCUAACAUCUGCCUCCAGUGUCACAAAGAAUCUGACACAAGCCACAUCGUGUCGCACUAAAUUCACUAAGAGUCGCAUCCCUCCACAAGUAUUUGAGGAACGAGCAAAAGAACAUGACAAGUAUGGUGGUGAUCCAGAACACCCACAUAAACUGCACAUAGUGACACGAGUUAAAAGCACAAUGAGACGACCCUAUUGGGAAAAGAAGGUUGUGAAGAGUUUGGGGCUUAUGAAGGCACAUGAACCCCGUAUCCACAAGAACACCCCAUCAGUGAAUAAUCUACUGAAAAUCAUUAAGCAUCUAGUGAGGAUUGAGCCUCUCAAGCUCCCCUAUGGAUUGCCUGCUGAGGAGGACAUGGCGAACACAUAUCUGAACAGCAAAGGCGAGCUGGUGGUGAAACGUCUCUUGAAACCACUUGAGCAAAAAGCCAUUGAAUCAUAGAAUUUGUGUGGCCUACCAUUUGUGCUGUGUUUUUGUUGUUUAAUAAAGAUUUGAAUACCA